CCCGCAGCCAUGGGGGCCAAGCUGCUCUGCCUCUGCCUCCUGCCAGCCCUGCUCGCCUACUACAUCUACAUCCCCCUGCCCGCGGAGCUGGCACAGCCCUGGAGAGUGAUGGUCCUCUGUGCCCCCUUCAGGGCCGUGGGGCACCUGUCCGCGGUGCUGGAUCUGCUGGGGCUGAUGCACUACAUGGAGGGCAUGAGGCUGAUCACAGCUAUGGAGACCGUCAUGGUCGCAUCCGAUGAAAACGUCACUGUGACAGACACCGAGUUCAACAACGUCCCCGUCCUCCUGUACCUGCCCAAGAGGGCACCUGACGGGCUGAGGAGGGCCAUGGUCUACUUCCACGGUGGGGGGUGGUGCCUGGGAGACGCAGGCAUGAAAUCCUACGAUCACAUCUCACGGCGAACUUCAAACGAGCUGGAUGCUGUCGUGGUGUCAGUCAACUACAGGCUGGCCCCUGAGCACCGUUUCCCAGUGCCCUUUGACGACGUGUACUCAGCGACCAAGUUCUUCCUGCAGAGCAGUGUCCUGGCCCAGUACGGGGUGGACCCUGCGCGGGUCUGUGUCGCAGGGGACAGCGCUGGGGGCAACCUGGCUGCGGCUGUGGCACAACAGCUGUUGGAGGACCCUGAAGUCAAAACAAAGCUCAAAGCCCAAGUUUUGCUCUACCCUGCCCUGCAGGCCCUGGACCUGGAUCUGCCGUCCUACCGAGACAACGCCAACAAGCCCCUCCUGUCCAGGUCGCUCAUGAUCAGGUUCUGGAGCGAGUAUUUCACGUCAGACCCCUCUCUGAGGGAGGCGAUGGCCUCCAACAGGCACGUCCCCGCUGAGGCGGGACACCUGCUGCAGUUUGUGAACUGGAGCCGGCUGCUGCCCGCGGGGAUGCGCCAGGGGCACGCGUACGCGGCCCCCACGCCGGGCAGCGCGGCGCUGGCACGGCGGUACCCCGGCUUCCUGGACCCGCGGGCGGCCCCGCUGCUGGGCAGCGAUGCCCGGCUGCGCCAGCUGCCCCCCACCUACAUCCUGACGUGCGAGCACGACGUGCUGCGGGACGAUGGUGCCAUGUACGCGCAGCGGCUCCGCAACGCCGGCGUCAGCGUCACCCACGACCACGCGCGGGACGCCUUCCACGGGGCCCUCCUGUUCAUCUCCUGGCCCUACGAGCUGGCCGUGGGGCACCGGCUCUUCGACAGAUACGUGCAGUGGUUGAAGGAGAACCUCUGAGCCCCCCACGUCUGCCCGGCGUGGCCGAGGGCACGGGGCUGUGCCAGCUCUCGGCCCUGUGAGCCACGGCCAAGGUGCUCUGCAAUGCUCUGCAGUGCUGGGACCGGAGCGUUUCCGUCGUCUCUGACAGGAAAUCAGUCUGAUUCUGAUCUGAGCAUUCUUCCAGUGCUGUCUGAGCCUCAAACCUGCCGGGACUGCCCUGGGCUUCCCCUCCUGGCCCUGCAGCCUCUGGCACUUGGUGUCUUGUCUCUGUUGCCGCUUCUUUCUUCCUAUCACAACACCUUCAUACCACAGGCAUGUGCCAGUGGGCCAGGUCACUGUGGGCACAUGGGAGGCACUUGGUGGCUGCUUUCUCCCUGUCCCUCACGGCUCUUCUUUCCCAUGGGAUGUGCCAGCAAGGCCCUGCUGCUGCCAGGGGUGAUGGGAUGAAUGGGGGCACCAGGGCCAGGUGCCAGGCAGCUGGUGGGACCCACCCAUCGCAGGCAGUGGCUGGGCUGGGGCUGCUGUCCCUACCCAGCAAGGCUCCAGGGAAACCCAGUGGGAUGGCCAAAAAAUUGUGCAAGUGUUUUGGGGUAUGGGGGGGAGAUUGUUAAAUUUUUUUUUAAAAAGCACCUGUCUUGCUCAUACUCACUUUCUUUAAUCCUUGAACUAGCAGGAAAUAGUGCAACAAACCAGCACUGGAUUUUCAUCAGGAAAAGGGAAGCUGUGAAGGUCCCAGCCUUACAAUAGCACUGCUGCAUGGUCCAUGCUCUCCUUAUCUGAUAGGUCAUGUACUAUGUGUUCUAAUUGUCCUUAAACUUGUUUGGUAGUUUUUACAUAUGAUUUUUUUAAAGUAAAAUUAGCUUAGUAGCUUUAUAGGUUUGAAAGAGUUCAGCUUUCUGUGUGGAACAAAUAACCUGUGUGUAAAUGUUUUGUGUGCUAAAUAUAAACCUUAAAACUUUGAAACAUGAAUACGGGGGUUGGCUGUUGGUUUAAGAUAAUCAAACCAUGGCCAUGUACUUUGUGUAUCCUGCUUUUCUUUUGCAUAAAAGAUACUGAAUCUUCAGUGAUUCUGGGUUAUUUUUCCUGAGUGUGUGCUGCCUGUUCAGUUGGAAUGUGGAUGGGAUGACUGCUGUGCUUUUCAUCUUUUUUAAGCUGAGUAUAAAAA